UUUCAAAACUAUAGGUUAUUUCAUAUAUUUUAUUAAUGCAAUAUCUACAGAUCAAUUUGAGUGUUUUAUAACCCACUCAAGGACUCUAAGUCCAACAAAUCUGAUUCAAACUAGGCAUUCCAACGAUAGUUAUUCAUUCCAACUCUAUAAAUAGAACCCACCAUCCAUAAAAUCUACUUAUACAUUAGAAGAACUACAGAUUGUGGAAGUGGGCGGCUGGCCCGUCGUUCCUUCGCGAACGAAGUUCAGAAGGAGUCCCAUCCCAUCAAGUCAGGAACCAACAACAGCUCUAUCCAAGUCAAGCGACUAGCUUUCCGUACCGACAAAAGCAUAGAACUAAGUACGCAGCACCAAAAUUCGACGAUAGGCAUAAUCAACCAGAGAACUGAUUUGGAGCAGAGAAGAAAAUUUAAGGUAAAAAAAUAUAUACUUUUAAUUGUAUAACCUUUUCUUCUAUUCUCCUUCAUUGAGCAGGUAUCAAAUAAUACGGAGGAACAGAGCAUAAUGAGAAGCUCCGUAGAAUAUCAAUAUAGAUGAUUGUGAUGAACAACUGAAUUGGCCGCUGCAGUUGGAAGUAGAGUUCGAAAGUCACCGGCCGGAAUUUUGUUGAUGCGGUAAUUUAAAGUUGAUUCAAGGAGGUGGGCCUGCAGUGAGAUUCUUCCAGAGUUGUAGCCAUCCGUUUAUUUAUUUUGACCGCCGGUGCAGAGAGGAAAUUACUUGUGCUGCUGGGCUGUUCGUUUGCUGGAGAGAAGACCUGGCCGGGUCUUUGAAGUCGAUUCCUGGUCGGAGAAGAAGGGCUGCCGUCGGACGGUGCUGCUGGGGGUUCAAUUCUGAUGGUGAGCAGCAGACGGAGGCUUCAAAGAAAAAGAUUGCUGCUGAUUCCUUCAAUCCUUCCUCCAUCUGUACGUUCGAAGAAGAAGUACUGCUGAUUCCUUCAAUCCUUCAAUCCUUCCUCCAUCUGCUGAUUCGGUUGGUUGCUGGAGAAGAUGGUGGGAGGCCGAUGCUCUGCUGUUGCGGAUGAAGCUGAUGGCGGUGUUUGUUGCGUUUUUGGCGAGGACUGAGAAAGCACGAUCGAUUCCACAAUUUAAGCCUUCCAGAUUGGGAAUGGGAAAUGUUUGUUGCCUGCUGCGUGAAGACGACCAAGGGAAUGGGAACUGGGCUGUUUUUAAUAAACAUUGGGCCUGUCCAGAAUUUAAGCCUUCCCAUUUUUAAAGGCUUGGGCUGUAUUCCACAAGUGGAGCUAUUUAAUAAUAAGGAGGCCCGAUUUCUUUGCUAUUUGAAGUGAUUUGAACGUGGUGUCACUUGUUGAAGAAGAAGGAGUUAAGCCUAUUGUCGGUUGUCGGUGUCGCUCGGGGCCCUUCGUUGGGCUAGUGGCACCGUUCUAAAGACUUAGGCCAAUGAAGUCGUCGGUGUCGCUUGGGGCCCUUCGUUGGGUUAGUGGCACCGAUCUAAAGAAUUGGUCCGAUUGCCGCUUAUCGGUGUCGCUUGGGGUCCUUCGUUGGGCUAGUGGCACCAAUCUAAAGAAUUGGUCCGAUUGUCGGUCAUCGGUGUUGCUUGGGGCCCUUCAUUGGGUUAGUGACACCGAUCUAGAGAAUUCGGCUAAUUGCACCUGUUGAAGACUGAGAUGUUGCCGCUACUUUCGACCUUUGUCCAUUCUGAAGGAGCUUGACUAAUUAUUGGCCAGUGUUACUGAUUUCUUUGUUUGUCUAGUCAGAAGAUGAAGCCAAUCGCUCGGGCUUGAGAUUGAUUAUCAUCGCUGAGCGGCCCUUUUUUUUAUUAUUAUUACUUUUUUUAGUAAUAAUAAUAAUGAUGAUGAUGAUUUUUUUUAUCUCCUUUUUUUUGCAGUCCAAAAUGAUAUCUUUUAAGGACGUAAGGCGUGGAGGCAAAAAGUAUCUCUCCGUAUCAACGAGCAAAAAGAAUGACGAAUAGAUUCUUUUGGAGAUGCACAAGCCAUUUGCUCGCGAGUUUUGGGGUCCAACGGUUGUGUCCUAUCGAAUUACAAACUGGACUCCUGAGUGCGAGUAUCAAGCUCAGACAAUGCGGACUUUAGUAUCUGGCUUUACUCACAUGUCCUCUUCUGAGAUUCUUCCUUCUUUGGGUAGACGCAUCCUUGAUGAAAACGUCCCUUUGACAAAGACCUUAUCAUUCGGUGGUGAGUUUAGAUUCAUCACAGGUUAUUGGGACUGGGCCGAAGAUAUCUUGAGCAUGAGUAAAAGCGUUCUGGAGGAAGGGCUUAUUUACGAUGCUGUUUAUGCCUCAUUAUUCACGUAUGACCGAUGUACUAAUGCUAUUCAAGCAUUUUGUGAGGCAUGGUGUCCCACGACGAAUACUUUGCUUACGUCAAUUGGUGAAUUGACGAUCACACUUUGGGACUUGCACGUUAUCGGAGGAUUUCCUAUCAUCGGAGACGCAUAUGAUGAAUCUAUUCCGGGCACUUCUGAGUUGUUAAAUACGAGCGCUGACCGUUCAUUUCAUCUCUGCAAAUAUUUGUUUCACGCAUAUCAUCAUCUCUUUCCCAAAGCCGGAGAUAAGCGUGUUUUGCGUGUUCAUGCGGGGGUCAAAUUCUGGUUCAGAAAGGCCUCCAAGUAUACUAUGCCUCCAGUGAGAACAGAAAAGAAAUGAACAUCUCGUGCCAAGGCGACCCAUAAUCCGAGCAGAGCUAUUCCAAAAUUUGGAGGAUGGUCGAAUUCUAUGAGGGUACCAUUCCACGUACUCAAGGUUCCUGCUGAAUAUGAGGAAGAGGUAUAUUUAGCGCCAUUUUUAUCGUGUUGGCUUUGCGCAUUUGUAUUGUUGCAUGAAGGUCCUAGAGUUAUCCGCCCGGAAACAUUCAGGGUUGCUUGUAUGUUGGCUCGAGGGAAACGUGUAUGUCUUGCGGUCCCGGUUCUUGCAAGUGUCUAUCAUGGGCUUAAUCGGAUCUCGAAUGCUCCAGCUCCUGAUCAAGUUAGAACAUGUUUUCCCGUUCACUAUGUCUAUGGAUGGUUGGCAUCAUACUUUGAUACGCAUUUUAAGAAUGAGAUCCAGUCCACCACGCCAUUAAUGAUUUCUUAUUCGGGAGAAAGUGCAGCGAGAUCCCUCGAGAAGAGAAGUGCGCGCAAACGAAUUUUCCAGGGAGAUGUAUCAGCAUGGGUGUGUUCUACGCAUCGGAGAAUCAAAGAAUAUUCAUUCUUCGAUGGUAAAAAUCCUCCAGAGGCUGAGUUGGCGCUUUUUAGGAGUCUUCAGUCUAAUUAUCUUGUAUUACGCUACCGGGAUCAUUGCAUUGCUGAGCCUUACACUCCUCACCGCUUUAGUCGCCAAUUUGGGUAUUUUCAGGCUUAUGCUUCUGGCUUUCUUGAGAUGCGUAAUCGGAGUGUCACACUUGCUGCUGGCUUUCAGCUUUGGCUACAGUUUGAGCACGACAUGUCACAAGCUGAAGCGGUAUUUCUGACUCCUCCUACUAUUCCAGCGAAGUAUUUCUCCUUGGAGUAUAAAGAGUGGUGGAGCCAAGUUCAUGGUAACUACCUCGAGAAUCAUGUGGGUGACUUGAUUAGGAUUUGUGAUCUUGCAGUUGGUGAUGUGAUCAUCCCUUCGGAUCCUGUGACUCCAAUCUCCAAGAAGAAGAAAAUGCCUGAUACUGAAGCUAAGUCUUUGCCUCAGAAAAAGGCUAAGCUUGUAGCACCUAGGGCUGAAGUUUUGAUUAAGGACGCUGAGAAAGAAAUGUCUCCUGCCAAGGCGAGUGAGAAUCAAGUUCUUGAAAAGCAGAGUAGUGAUGAGAAGAACUGGAAACAUCUUAGAAAACCUCGUCUUGGACCACUGAAGAUUCAUGCAGUCCUUGAUGAUGCUAGUUCUUCGAAUCAUGUUUCUUCAUCUAGCUCAAGUGAAGGAGAAAGCGCAGAUCAAGACACCGUCGCUGGAUUGAUAGCAGAAACCGGCCCAAGUCAUUGUAAAGAAGUUCCGAUCCAUGAAAUACCCGAGUCUUCUCAUGCGAAACCGGCUGCGUCUGUAUUCCAUGCAGAAGACUACUUCUUUACUUUGUAUAAGCAGUUCAUCAUUAAUACUUGGAGUGGCCUUCAACAAAAGUUAGGAUGGGCUACAGCAGAGAACGUCUCAUCUCUUCGGGAGAGUGUUGAGAAUUGUGUUAUCUUGAUGGAGAAGGAGGGCAUUGACCUUUCCAUGUUGAAGACGAGAGUGAAGCAUUUCUUUGACAGGGCACAAGCAUUUGAUCAGACGUGUUCGACUGUUGCUGAUAGGGUUCCUUCUGAGAAACAAUCUCAGGAAUUGGCUAUGUCGCAGGCUUUUUGUGAAGAUAUUGAAGCUAAGAGAUCUCAAAACCAAGUGGCAUUACUUGAUGAUGAGGAGUCUCUUAAUGAAAUCAAGAAGAAGAUAGUCUUGUUGGAAGCUGAAGCUAAGGAAGUAGAAGUUUCGAUCUCCAAGCGUCGUGUAGAGGCUAGUGACUUAGACGCAGCUCUUACGAAGGCUAAGGAGGAAUCUUCACGGAUUUUGAAGACUAUCAAAGCAUCAGAUGAAGAUCAAUUUGCUUUAAGUACUCAGAAGAAGGAGCUAGAGGCCUUGAAGGAUGACUUAGUUAGCUUUAAAUUGUUUUUAGGCUGAUACUUAGCUUUUAGAUUAGCUUUUAGUCAGCAAACAACUCUUUUCCUUACUUCUUACCAAACUUUAUAUGGAUAUUUGUUUCCUUUGUUGCU